AUGACUCGCAGACGUAGCAGUGACUGCGAGCAGUCCGCCCCUCUGCUGGGUGCAGACGCCGAACACGGGCCCGAUCGCCGGCAACGUCGCAGGCCAAGGACACUGUUUCUCCCGGGGUUGAGCCGCUACCUUCCUCGGCUGGGACGGUGGCCACUACUCAUCGCUAUUGCGGCGCUGUGGUUCUUCGCUGGUGUGGUGUUCUCGAAAGGCCCACAAGAACUACUCGGCACUACCGAGACAUACCUCACGAACCCCAACCUCGACGCGUCGGUUCGCGUGCGAGUCCUCAAUAGCCUGUUGAAGGAACGUUAUCCCCAAGCAUCCGGCGAGCAUGCGGCGCGCCAAAGUAACUGGGACUCGCUGGACAGGUUGGCAUCCUGUCUCGAGACACAUACUUGUUCCGAGAAUGAACGCAAGGUUCUCCUCCUUGCUAGCUUCCGUUUUGGUCGCUCCGAGAUUGGAAUGAACAGCGGAGAGGAGGUGUGGGCGCGUUCCAUGAUCUCGGCAUUCCGACACCUCAACUAUACGAUCCUCUUCGCUUGGGGAAGCAUGGAAACGCUGCUCAUGUAUCAGAACAUUCCCGACAUGGUCACCGUUGUUCUGUGGGAAGGUGCGGAGAGGCUGCGGUGUCUCCAUCGCAACGAGACAAACUACCUCGAGCUUGACAGGCAGGAGAGGCAAUUUAGCACUUGGCAGACGGGAAAGCAUGCUUGCGCCCAGAGUGAGGACUUUCCACAUGGCAUUCCACACUGGAAGAGCUUCCAGUUCCACUUCUGGGCUCAUACCAACGUCGCCCUCGGUGGACGGUGGGUACUCGCACCCGAGGACUAUGACCUGUGGCGCCCCGAGAAGCCGGGGCAUACAUACAUUGGCUACUCGAUCGAGAAGCGGUGCGACAAGUUCCCGAUGUUUACCAACCGCGAGCACAGGGCGCUCAUCCUCGCCAAGAAAGUCGAAUACUUUACCAAGGAGAAGAACUUGUUCCAUGGCCUCUUGGGGCCUGCGCGAGACGGCGUAACUCCCGUGUUCAACGACAUGGCCCAGCCAGUGAAUUUCAAGCUCAUCUCAACUGCUGGGGAGGCCGGCGACCCAAUUGAUGAAGAGGAGGGAAUCGAGACGGUCGGGCGUAAAGAUCAAGGCGAGUGGACCGAGAUCCUUGCCCGAAGCAAGGCACUCGUUGGAAUUGGUGAUCCCGCGCUGUCCCCAUCACCAUACUAUGCCCUCUGUAUGGGGGUGCCGUUCAUCAACCCUGUCAAGAGGUGGGAUGAAAAGGACCCGGAUAACAGGAACAAGUGGUACACGCAACAGGACGCACUACGAUACACCAAGGAGCCGUACGUCUACCAUGUCCAUGCAAACGACCAGGACGGGCUGCGGGAUGCGUUGCAGCGCGCAGCGGAUAAUCCCAUCCCGCGAUAUAUCCCCCCGCAAAUGCGCUUCGAGGCCAUAGUUGACCGCGUACGCGAGUUUGUCGACACGGACUGGCAAGCUGCGGCGCGCGAGGUCGUUGCCGAACAAUACAACAACUCGCCCCAAUAUCAGUACCUCGCAAUGGACGAACCAGCCGAGUUCCUCCGACUCGGCCCCAAGUAUGUAAGCUAG